AAGCGAAGAGUGCACUAAGAAUUCGCUGCUGGUUCUAGAGAGAGAGCGUGGAAAACGGUGUCCCCCGCGGUGUGUUGGUGGAGCAAAGUUGAAAGAACGGACCCAAGUGCGCGGAGUGGUGGUCGGGUUCAAUAACAAAGCGCCGUGAACCGUGUGCGGGUGUGCAGUUCUAGGUCGUGCUAGCAAGCAAGUGUUCUUUGAACGCAUCCGUCGUCGUCGUCGCCGUCGCGCUAGAAUAGUAAUCUGUGGCCCUAGUGUACUGUGUGGUGUGCUAUUGUUGAAAAGCAGAGGAGCCUCACGAUGAGCUCGGCCGAAGUAGGCGGUGGUGAUACGGAGCUAAGGAGACGCGUGCCAGCGGAAGGCGGAGAACCCUCCCAACAGCAGCAGCAGCAGCAGGAGAAAAGCCCGAAACAGCAACCGGAACAUCAACAGCCCCCGGAGUGUGCGACGACGGAAAACUCGGAUCAUGUUGAUUCGGAAACAGAAAACGAUGAACGGCUUCCGGAUGAGAAGUACGUCGAGGAGAUGGCCAAAAAUCUGCCCCAAGGUACCAACAAGACCCCCGAAGUGCUUGGCCAAGCGCUGAGCGGACUACCCGAUAGAUGGCGAAACUGGGUUAUACGAGGCAUCUUCACCAUGAUCAUGAUCAGUCUGUUCUGCGUGAUCAUCUACCAGGGACCGUUGGCGCUGAUGAUUACGGCCCUCGCAGUGCAAGUGAAAUGCUUCCAGGAAAUUAUCUCGAUCGGCUACUCGGUGUAUCGCAUCCACGGAUUGCCAUGGUUCCGCAGCCUGUCCUGGUACUUCCUGCUGACAUCGAAUUACUUUUUCUACGGAGAAAACUUGGUUGACUACUUCGGUGUUGCUGUCAGCCGAGUGGAUUCGCUCCGUUUUCUAGUCAAAUAUCAUCGAUUCCUGUCAUUCUGCUUGUACUGCAUCGGAUUCGUAUGGUUCGUGCUGUCGCUGGUGAAGAAGUACUACAUGAAACAGUUCAGUCUGUUUGCCUGGACGCACGUGGCACUGUUGAUCGUGGUCACCCAGAGCUACCUGAUCAUUCAGAACAUCUUCGAGGGAUUAAUCUGGUUCAUCGUGCCGGUUUCGAUGAUCGUCUGCAACGAUGUGAUGGCGUACAUGUUUGGGUUCUUCUUCGGCCGUACACCGUUGAUACAGCUGAGCCCGAAGAAAACUUGGGAAGGCUUUAUCGGUGGUGGUUUUGCAACGGUACUGUUUGGGCUGGUUGUAUCGUACGUCCUUUGCCAGUUCCAGUUCUUCGUCUGCCCGAUCGAGUACUCGGAGGCACAGGGCAGGAUGGUGAUUGAGUGCGAACCGAGCUAUCUGUUCCGGCCACAGGAGUAUCACAUUGCAUUGGUAAGCCGCGGUACCGCUGAUGUAGGUCAUGGAAUAGGAAGUAAAUUAUAUUUUUCGAUUCCUUUACAGUUUGGUGCCAGUAAAACAAUUACGAUGUAUCCAUUCCUCCUCCACUCGCUGUCGAUGAGCAUCUUCAGUUCGGUUAUCGGUCCGUUCGGUGGAUUCUUUGCAUCCGGUUUCAAGCGUGCAUUCAAAAUAAAGGACUUUGGAGAUAUGAUUCCCGGACACGGUGGCAUAAUGGACCGUUUCGAUUGCCAGUUUUUGAUGGCAACCUUUGUUAACGUGUACAUCUCCAGCUUUAUCCGUUAUGCAUCCCCCCAGAAGCUGUUGAAUAUGGUUUACACACUCAAACCGGAGGAACAGCUGCAACUGUUUAAUCAGCUAAAGGAUAGCCUCGAAGAUCGCAACAUUAUUAAUUUAAAUUAGAUUAUUUUCUUGUUCCGAUUUCCGGCGCCGCUGCCAGUUACCGCGUUACUGUUAUUGUUUACUUUUACGUUACGCUACCGUUUUCGUUUUUGUGCGUGUCUCUGUGUGUGUGUGUUUAGUGGCCAUCACUUGCACCACAGCCCGGCACAAAAUGGCUCUUUGUUUUACCAUUUCUAACCUUCGAUUCGGACUGAGCUUAUAGUUUAAUGUUUAAGUGGUUUAUGCAGGCCAUCAUAUAUCUCACUUUCGCAGAGGUAGAUGCUGGAAGUAUUUUGAUUUGCCAAGGGAGGAAGAAGGAGAAGUACCAGACGAGAAGACGGGGGACACGUUUACGGCGCAUCAUACGUCGCGUAGGAUCUGUCUAUUAGCUGAUAUUCCAGUUCAAUAUUGCGCUUCACGAAAUGCGUUUAUUGAAUGACCAAAUCCCCAACCGGAAUCUAGCGAGCGUUUCAAGCAUCGUCGUCGUCGUCAAUUUUCAGUUUGUUACUUGCACAACACCACACCAACCACACACAGUGACUGCACGUGACAACAGGGUAUUUGACGAGAUCCGAGCACUCUGUGGCCAGCAAUAUACACACGAAGCUAUUCUUACGAAAUGAGACCAAAAAUUUGUUUGACUUCGAACGGUUUACCCAGAGCAAUGCUUGCGCGCGUGCCAGGAGGGGACGAGUAUGUUGAGUUUCGCUUAUCUUCUUAUCAAUACCGCUUAGAAGCUGAGUGUGUGUAACGGUAGUUAGUUCGAGUCGUGUUAUCAAUGGAUCUAGAAAAUGAUUGAACCAUAUAGCUGAAUAUUUAACCGAACUGAGAGCAUAUUACGUUGUACAGGCUCACCGAAGCCAGCGCAAGAUAAGAGAGAACCUAUAUGUAAUUCGUAUGAUAAACACACAAACUCACACACAUGCACACAUACACAAAUCAUUGACACUCUUUGCGAAGGACAGAGUAAGGCAAUUUGCUAUCCAUUACACACGUGCAUAAGUAUAUUUGGCGGGCAUUAUGACGACGAACGUUAGGUUUGCGCAGCAACAGACGCCAUAGGAUGAUGUUGACCCCUCGUAUACCAUCCAAGCAUAUCCCCGCCCCACUUCAGCAGCACAUAAUGUUAGCGAUCCCCCCUGACUCAGUCCCAGGAGCGUACCAUGUAUGGACAGGACAGGUGCUAGCGCUAGCGCCAGGUAUUAGCAGGUGAUUACCAAAGGAAUGUGCGGUGUAGGUUUGAGUAAUUUUUUUUUUAUAAUCCAAGAAGAGAACGCGAUUUGCGGAAGCAAAACAAUUGUGCAAUCCUCCCAGUCAGUCAGUUUAGGCAGUAACCCCCCCUCUCCUUCUCCUUGCCCUCAUCUGAAUAGCUAAAUGGCGGCCACAUUCCGUAUGCACCGCAAUAAUACGACGAGCAGAACACAGUGCAGAGAGAGAGAGAGAGAUGGAGAGAGAGAGAGAGUGAAAGAGUAGAUGUAAAGGGGACCUCCGGGGUCGCUGCAAUCGAGCAAUUUAAUGGGAAUACACGGGUCAUCGAACGAUAUCAUCGUAUUUUGGGCAUAGCAAAAGCGUUGCGUUUAUCCUGACAAACGGUUCCGUGAUUUCAUCGUCUGACUGCUGAAUAGGCAUUCUAUUUUGUUGUUGAUCUAUUUGAUGUUCGAAAGCACCAGGACGUUCCCGGGUGCGUCGCGGUUUGGUGGAUGUUGAUGUGUCUCAAUACAUUCGUUUCGUUCAUUUACUCGCUUUCCACGUGUUGUGUUCAUGGUUUUAACGUCUUUUGGAUUGGAAAAUGUUAACGAAGCAAUAGUUUUUCUUUUCUGUUGAAGUGUAUUUUGUUCCUCGUUGCUGUCAUUUGUUUUUUUUUUGGGCAGAUUGAAGCAAGCACUGGGAGCGCUACAGAUAUGGGAUGGUCCGGCGGUGCCGCGCACUGCGAUAGUUAAUAGCGAUAAUCGUUGGUUCAUCACCAGAAGCAGCAGCAGAAUGUUGUCUAUAUGUUAGGCUCGCACAGAAGAGCGUAUUCGUACCUAGAUGGGCCCGCGAAGGUGAAGAGAACGAGAUCUCCGAUGGCGUGUCAUCCAGAUGGUCUAUAAUUACUAUAAUACUAUGCAAACAAGUAUCCAAUAAAGAGCAUCCCCCUUGUCCCGAGUCA